AUGAGUGAAGUGUGGCAAGUUUUUGAUAAAAGCAUGUGUGGUCAGAGAGCUAUAUGCAGCAUUUGUAAUAAGUCUUAUGCUAACUCAGGUACAAAUACGACCAAUUUAUGGUCUCACUUAAAAUCUAGACACGGAAGAAAAUAUUUAGAACUGGACCAUAUGAGAAGAGGCCUAUCGUUUAUUAACGUUAGUGCAAAUAAUCCUCAAGAAGAUGCAAAUAUAGAUUUAGAUAGUACGAACAUUAAUCAAAAUGAAAAUAAUGUUCACAUAAACUCACAAAAUCCAUCUACAAGUAAAUUAGUUUUGAAGCAACCGUUAUUACCUAAAACAAAAAAAGGUAAUGAAAUCAGUAAUCAAAGCUUGAUGUCUUCAUUCACUUUAACAAAGGCAUCACAAACAAAAAUUGAUGCAGCAUUAGCAUAUUUUAUUGCUGUAGACAUGAUGCCUUACAAUAUUGUAGCCAUAGAAGGGUUUAAACUCUAUACAAAGGCUCUAAAUUCAAGCUACAAUAUUCCAAGUAGAAAGACUAUCACUGAUUCUAAAAUACCAAAACUAUAUAAUGAAACAAAAACCAACAUUGAGUCCAUUAUUAAUAACACUUAUUUUUUGUCAUUCACAACUGAUUGUUGGACAUCUGGAUCGAACAAACCAUUUUUGGCUUUAACUGGUCAUUUCAUUGAUAGUAAAUAUGAUUUAGGUUCUGUAUGCUUAGGGUGUGUAGAAUUAUCAGAUGAUCACACUGGGGAAAACAUGGCUGAUACGCUGCAGUUAAUACUAUUGGAUUAUCAUUUAUCUGUUCCAAGUAAUAAUGUGUGUGCUUUCACAACUGAUUAUGGAGCAAACAUAUUAAAGGCUAUUCAAAAUUUGAGAGUUCCACAUGUACCCUGCUUUGGCCAUGCUUUUAACACUGCUGUCGGUAAUAUUUUCAAACUUGAAGACAUACAAAUUGUUAUACACAAAGUACAAAAUAUUCAAAAUAUUUUCUCAUAUAGUUGGCAAGCAACUAGAGAGUUGGAAAUUGAACAAGAGCGUUUUUCUUUAAAAAAAUUAAAUUACCAUCAUACUCUAAAACUAGAUGGUGGACAUUACAAAAAGUUAAUUUUGUCGGACGAAGAAAUUGAUGUUUUAAAAUGCAUAACUACAGUUUUAAAACCAGUACGUGAAAUAACGGACCAUUUGGCUGGAGAGAAUUAUGUUACAGCAUCAGCUAUAUAUCCAGUCAUAUUUAAUUUAAAAACCAAAUUAUCUGAAGUUGUUAAUGCAAAUAAUAAUGACAAUGCUUCUGACAAAAAGUGCAGAGAAAUAAAAACAAAAAUAUUUUCUUACCCACGUUUCAAAACAAAAAUUAUUUCCCCAGAGGAAGUUGCUGAAAUCAAAAAAAAUAUUAUUGAAAAAUGCCUGGAAUCUUGGACAGAAUGGUCUACCAACACCAGAACUGGGAGAACUAUUGAUACAGCUAAUUCUAAUGAUGAAGAAACUGAAGUAACUAUAUUAUCGAAAAUAGAUAAAGAACUUAAAUUGUAUGUUGAAUUUUCAAAAGUGCCAUAUGACCAAGACCUUUUAAAAUGGUGGUCUUUAAAUAAUAGCACAUAUCCACUUUUGAGUAUUCUGGCUAAAAAAUACCUAACAAUACAAGCAACAAGUGUUGCAUCUGAAAGAGUGUUCAGUAAAGGUGGGUUGGUAGUGACUGAUCAUAGAGCUUCACUUUCAAAUGAACACGUGAGUCAGCUAGUGUAUUUAUCAAUGAACAAGAACUAUGUUCCUAAACCUAUAGCUUAA